AUGAUGGGAAUCUUCUUACAUUCAUGCAACGCGCCCGAGGAUAUAAUCGAAGUUCUCGCUCGUAUCGGCGUAUCGAUAUCGACCACAUCAAUCAACGAUGCGAUCACUAACUUAUCCAAAGAGUCUAGUACAGCCCUGCGGAGACUAGGGAAGACUCUAACAACAUCAUUUGCAUACGACAAUGUGGACAUAGAAUUGAAACAUACCGUUCCAACCCUUGAGAAACCCCACGAGACAUUGGUUCACCUCACAUCGGGCACAUUUAUUCCACUCGAUCAUGGUGUCGUUCGAGAGGAUCUCGAUUGCUCGCAGGAAUUGUGGCAGAGGUCACCGAUGAAUGCCGACCGAAGUGCUGUAGAACCUCCGAUUAACGAGGACGAGCUUCUGCAGCUUCAUCCAGAGACCCUGGAACAUCCAACAGGCCUCCUUCGAUCUGGCCGAUUCAACGCUUGGGUGUUUAGGCGUGACUUGAUCCAGCACGGUCCACCAUUCUUUCGUCGCUACCUUAAGGAGCUGGGAAAACCGGAGGUUGUGGAGCAGAUCCCUGUUGUGAGAUCUAGCCAAGUGCCUGCGAAGAUGAUGGAUAUCAGUCAAUCGACACCGCAAGGAAAUGGAGACGCUCUCGCCGAUCUAUUUCGGCAGGUAAAUGUCGGCAAUCCGACAGAGAAGGGCUGUAACGAAGUGACAGACGUCAAGAACUAUGUGGUACUGGUACACGGCGAUCUACUUACCGGUGAACGAAUCCAGAGCUUCCAGGCCUCACGCCGUAUCGAGAAAACACCAUGGCGGCGUAACCAGUUCAUCAUCUAUGUGAUGGGCCUCUUUCAUUUGAAGAUGGCGUGCGCUGAUGCAAUCUGGCGGAUUUGCAUAUUCCCCAAGGCUGCGAGAAACGAUCCUUCCAGUCUUAUUGCAUUUGUUGGUAUCCUUCGCAAGAAGGAGACAGCCAAAAUUGAAUCGAAGCCGGGGUUCCGCCGUAUGCAUGAAGUUAUCGAGCACGUUGGAGUCGUCUCACGAUUGGACUGCUGGAAAGUCCUCGCAUCGAAGCACUACAUUGUUCUCGUUGGGCAGUGCAAGAGUUAG